GAUAUCUUUAGAUAACAAGAAUGUCGGUUGCUUCUAGAGCAUUGGAGAGACUUAAAAGAAUCAAGAGUCAAAUUUCACCAUUUAGUAUGACAAAGACUAAACUAGCUAUUGGGGCAGGAACUGCAUAUGCAGCAUAUCAAUAUCUAAAGAAUAAUGGAUAUGGCUUCAAAAAGGAUGUCAAAAAUGAGCACGUAUACAUCACUGGAGCAGGUUCAGGUCUUGGGAAAAUAGUAUCAAAGAAAUUAGCCAAGCUAGGAGCCAACAUUACUGUUACAGAUAUUGAUCUUACAGCCGCAGAACAAACUGUCCAAGAGAUCGAGCUUGAAGGAGGGAACGCAAUUGCUAUUAAAGUUGAUGUCUCAAAUCCUGAAAAUAUCAAAGAGAGUGCUGAAAUCGCAACAAAAAGAUUUGGAAACGUCACUAUUCUGAUCAAUAAUGCAGGGAUUGUAUCUGGAAAGAAAAUCUUAGAUAUCAGCAAUGAAUUGGUUAAGAAGACAUUUGAGGUUAAUUCUCUUGCUCUAAUUUACACUACAAAGCAAUUCUUACCUCAGAUGCUUGAAAUGGAUAAAGGCCACAUUGUUACAAUUGCUUCAGCUGCUGGAUACAUUGGCUCACCAGGGCUCGUUGAUUAUUCCGCUUCAAAAUUUGCUGCAAUCGGUAUUGAUGAGAGCUUGCGUACAGAGUUAGCAAAUAUCGGUUCGAAAGUGACGACUACUUGAGUUUGUCCUUACUUUAUCAAUACAGGGAUGUUUGAUGGUGUCCAAACAAGAUUCCCAAGUAUUCUUCCUAUUCUAAAGCCAGAGUGGGCGAGCCAAAGAAUUGUUGAUGCAAUCCUAAAAGAAGAAAGUAUGGCUAUAUUCCCUUGGUUUAUCGGUAAUGCUCAUCUUUUCAAAGCCUUACUACCACCAAAGAUGUUUGACAUGGUUUCUGAAUUCUUCGGCAUCAACGAUAUAAUGAAGAACUUCAAGGGUAGACACUAAUACUCAGCCU